CACGCGCUCAUCUCUAAACCAGCUUCUCAAUUCACAACACAAUUUUUCAUCACAGCAGGAAAUAUUUUGAUUUUUACACAUAUUCUUGUGAUAUUUAAAACAUGUCACUUGGUAAUGCCGAUCCUUGGCACGUAAGAACUUCAGAAAUUAAGGAAGCAAACACGAAGCCCACUGACAAAACCGACAGUUUCGAGGACGAUUUCACGCCCGCAAAAGAGAGCACAACGCCCGCAAAGGACGCGGAGUGUCCCACAGGGCAUGAACCUCUGCCGGACUCUAGCGACUACUUAAAGCUAUUGGAACGGAAGCUGGCCCGUGUACAAAAGGGAAACAAACUACUGGACAACCUUCGGGACAAGCGGCAGGACUGUAUGAGGGGAUUACUGGAAUCUGAAGGAGUGCCAAUUUCUAUAUUCGAGCAAUUCCUUGAGCUUGACACACCCAUUGAGAGCGGUCGUCUUCAUCGCCACUUGCUGCCCGUCCAGGCUGUAAACGUUGGGGAAACCGUGUAUAUUGUUGACCACGACGCACUGCAGCGUUCAGAGGAGGAAGAGGAGGCGCAUCAGCCAGCAGCUGAACACUAACUAAAAUCACAAUGAAUUCCUUAUUCGGCAAUGUCUUCUUGUUUCUAACGGAGCUGGCCUGGAAGAGUCGCCUAACCAUACCCGUUCUGGUCACAACCGCAUUUCUCGUGAUGGACAUCCGCCUGCAGAUCGAGAUCAACAUACAAUCGGGUCAAUUUAACCCCAGCGAUUUGGACGAAGAUGAGGGCAUGGGUGCCCACGAUCACGGCAUGGAUGACAGCGGGAGUGACAGCUACACGGAAGAUCUCGAGGAAUACAAUAGCGAAUACACCAACGAUGAUGGCAACAAUAGCGAGACUUCUCACUAUAGCAUGGACAUCUAUGAUCCCUGGGGCUCCGACUGGGAUGCCGAAGACGAAGUCGAGGCUACAUACUCUCGGCAGGUUUCGUUAUAAAGUACCAACACAGUUUUAAAUUAAGCGUAAUUGGGCCAGAUAAGCUAGCUUUAUAUUAUGUAUAUGUAUAUACUCAAAAAUAUCGAACCCCUAAUACUAAUAUUUAACCAUUUCAUGCACUAAAAAUAAAACAAGUUUAAGGGCAUCAUCGGUUUAA